GACUCAUAUGAAUGUCAUAUACCUUUUUUUUUAUUUUAUGAAAGAUCCACUGAAUGUGUGACAACUCGCGUACAAAGCCCGCUAUCGUCGAGAUGCGAUAACAUCGACAUGCGGCAGCAUUUCGGUGCCAUGUUUGUGGCCGGCGAUAGAGACCAGAUUUCUGAUUCGCAGUACACGCGUUCCUUGAAUAUUUCUCAUUUUCCAAGAUUCAAUAGGAUAGAAAAAUUACGUCGUAUGCCAAAGAAGAAAAUAAGAGAGAGGACGAUGGAACGUGAGUGGUUUAACUCCCACGCCCGAAGAAAAAUCUUUUACAGCUGGCAGUAUAACUGGGAGAGGAAAGAAAGAUAAUAAUUCACGAUAUACAUGUCGAUACGCCCGCGCAAACUUGAUUCAACCAAGCUUAAUAUUCGUAAACGAUGGAGAUGGUGCCGAGUUGAGUUGCGUUGUAACACGAAAUUGGAAUUUCUCUUUAAUUGCGGAGUAUCCAUAGCAAAGUGAUAUAAAAGUGCCACUAAGCUUAUUUCAAUAUAAAUUUUUAUGAUAUGUCAUAUGAAUAAAUAAAUAUAUAUAUGUGUGUGUGUGUAUAUAUAUAAAUAUAUAUAUAUAUUAUUCUAUUAAGUAAAUUUUAUAUUUUAUAUAUAUUUUAUCGCGCUUACAAUGAUAAAAAGAAAAAAUUAAAUUGACUUAUCAAAUUUGUAUAUUGUUUGUGAGGAUUAUAUAAAAAGAAGUGCAAAAAAUAUAUAGGUGGAAAAUGUAAAUGAGAAUAUUAUUUAAAAAAUUUAUACGCGUGAAAAAAUAUUAUUCUUUGUUAUAUGUGUAUUAUUAAUCAAAUUCUUAAUCGAAAUUGAUUUUGAAGAAAACACAAUUAAUGCCGCAGAGGAACCCAUUAAGUGCUACUUCAAUUUGCUUGGAGAAAGAACAAAGUUUUUAUGCGGCUUCCAGCUACUAUGGUAUUUUUCUACAAAUGAUAUCUAUCAGAUUAAAGACAGACUGAAAUUUCGCGUAAAGCAAUUAAAAUAAACGGUACGUUGCAAAUAAAAUAACUCACAGCGAAAUGGAUGAACCAAUAACACGAGGUGGCAGGUGGGUUUGUCCAAACGAUCGACAUUUGGCGUUGCGAGCAAAAUUACGAACAGGAUGGUCCGUAAAAACAGGAUCUUUCGAAUCCCAUGGAUGGGGAGAGUAUCCAAAUUCUUAUAUAAGCGGUUCCAAUCGUUGCGGACAAUCUUGUUUGCUCACGGAAGAUGAACGACAAAGCAUUAUUCAGGUGAUACAGAGAGCCGAGGCUUUGGAACUGUCGGAGCAAGAGCGAGUCGGUAGACUCGUCGAGAGGUUGGAGAACAUGAAGCGAAAUGUUUGCAUCGUAACGUCGACUAGGUCGAACGAGAGGCGCAAUUGUGGAAGUCGAUGCUCCGGUGGAGGAGCCCGUUGUGUCUGUUCGUGCGCUCUCUGCGGCGAAAAAUUCGGCGCAGUGUUGGGGGCGAGUGCGAACCUCUGCAAGGACUGUCGCAGGUACAUCUGUCAGAAGUGCGGCAUCGAGGCCACGAGGCUUAAUCUGCCGAAGGGAAGCGGUGACAGGGGAAAUGACACGACCGCUUCAUCGCGCAGCUCAUUGCGUCUCAUGAGAAUCGCUCAGGAACGAAUGGCCGUGCAAAGAAUCGUUCAAAGAUCCCAUGGCAACGCGCAGAAGCAGUUUCUCUGCCGGAUUUGCGCCGAGACCAGGGAGAUGUGGAAGAAGAGCGGCGCUUGGUUCUUCAAAGGCAUGCCAAAGUACAUUCUACCGGAGAAAAAGGAGCGCGGAUGGUCUCGACCUAGUCACAGAACGUCAACGUGGACGGUAAGCAAAUCGUUGGACUCAACCGACGCUCAGGAUUCCUCAUCCGACGACGACGCGAUGCGACGACUCGCGGUAAAUCGCGGUCAUCCCAUCUCACCAACGAAUCCGUCGAACACGAAUCGUGAAAGCACCCCUACCAAACUGACGGUUUCCAGUCCCGCGAGCAGCACCCCAUCGCCGAAAAGUCCUCGAGGGAGGCCGAACGGUCUGUCACCUUCGGGAUACCACGAGGACGCCGGUUCCGACAGGCUGGACAAGUCCUGUCUGUCGAUCGCCUCGCAAUGCAGUCGACUUUCGCCCACGGGCUCCAUCGGCACCCCACGAACAAAGACGAGUGGCAGAAGCCCGAGUGGCAAAAGUCCGAGCGGCAAAAGUCCGAGUGGCAAAAGUCCGAGCGGCCUUCAGACGGAGCAACGCGUAUCCUUCGAGGACAUGUUCGUAGACGACGAGAAGGCCAACGAGGCCGACGACGAUGACGAAGAGGAUAGUGAGAAUUCGAGCACUCCCAAGGACGUCUCCACCACCCUGGACCGAUCGAAGGCCACACAGGUACAAUCUCUCAGACUGAAGACGCCGACGAAAACAACAUCGCCGGUGACGAUGACGCCGACCACGCCAGUGAAACGGUUUCAAACUAUGGGCAAGAUCCUGGAGAGAAAUACGGAACGGGAUGCGAACAAAUCCUGCUCGGAUCAGGACAGCUCUUCCAGCGGGACUCGCAGCAACAGCCAAGUCAGAACGCCAAGAACUCCGGAAUACCCAAAAGAAACGGGACAAGAUUAUGGAACUCUCGAAGUCUCCUUGCGAUACGACCCGGCCGAUCAGUGCCUCCAGUGCAAAGUGGAACGUGCGCGUCGCCUAAUACCUAUGGAUAUCCAAGGCCUCGCCGAUCCCUUUUGCAAGCUGAAUAUAUUGCCCGUGGGAAAGGUAGCGACGUGCAGCCGAUUGCGAACAAAAACUGUACACAAGACGCGCGAUCCCGAGUUCAACGAGACGGUGAAUUUCUACGGGAUGACAGAAACCGAUAUCUCGAGUGGCAAGGCAUUACACAUUUUAAUCAUCCAGGACGACCCAUCAGGCCAAGACUUCCUGGGAGAGGCGAGAUUUCCUCUACACGAAUUACAACCAUAUCAAACGAAACAUUACAAAGUUCCUCUGCAGGCUCAUUAUCCGGUAGACAACGAAGAGGAAAUUUGGGGCAUGUGUUCAAGCGGACGGGGGCAAAUACAGAUAAGCUUGAGCUAUUGUACGCGUCGGCGUGCGCUACUGGUCACAAUACAUCGUGCUACGAAUCUUCUGCCUAUGGACAACAACGGGUUUUCUGACCCGUUCGUCAAAUUAGCCCUCGUCGAGGAUGCGACCGACAAUCAUCGGCAGCAACGGUUCCUAGAUUACUCAUCGACCGCUCGCGCUACUGCCAGGAAGCUGAAAAAGGCAGCCGGCCGCAAUUGCCAGAGCACGAGCAUCAAACGCAAGACCCUGAACCCAGAAUGGAACGAAGAGUUCGUUUUCGCGACUCGCUUAACGGAGCUGAUGAAGCUGACGCUAUGUCUCUCCGUAUGGGACAAGGACUUUGGCAAGAGUAACGAUUAUUUGGGCGGCCUCAUGUUAGGUUGCAGUAGCAAAGGAGCACGUUUGCGGCAUUGGAUAGACGCGAUCAAGUUUCCGGAUCAUCGUCAUCUGGCAUGGCACAAUCUGGCGGAUAUAGAUGUACCUAUAGAAUAAUAACUCCGUCUCGGCGAACGAGGAUUCGAGGUCAAGAUUGAACACGCGCGAAACAUGCGGGCUUCAUCGACACGUUACACGCGCACGUUACACAUACAUACGAAAUGGGUAUACUUGGCGCGGAUUUGAUGCGUGAAAAAAAACCGUUGCUCAAAAAAAAAUCAAGUAUUAUAAAGCAAAAACAAAAGGUUGAUACGAUAAAAUAAAGAGAAGUUGACAAGUA